AUGCAUGCGACUUGGAUAUCGACUUUGAUAAUAAUCAUCGCUUUUCAUUACACAGAUGCCAGCCCUGCAAGAGUGGUGUGCUACUUCAGUAACUGGGCGAUAUACAGACCAGGAAUAGGAAAGUAUGCAAUUGAAGAUAUUCCGGUUGAUCUCUGUACGCAUAUUGUGUAUUCAUUCAUUGGAGUAGACGAUAAAACUUGGAGUGUACUAGUCAUCGAUCCAGAAUUGGAUGUUGACCAGAAUGGCUUCAGAAACUUCACGAACAUCAAGAAGACCCACCCAAAUGUGAAAUUAGAAAUAGCCGUAGGGGGGUGGGCCGAAGGGGGAUCCAAAUAUUCAGCCAUGGUUGCAGACAAAUCUAGAAGAGACACUUUCAUCAGUAGCGUUGUUGACUUCAUGAUCCAGUAUGACUUCGAUGGUUUCGAUUUGGACUGGGAAUACCCCGGAGCAGCGGACAGAGGAGGCAGCUUUUCCGAUAAGGACAAAUUCUUUUAUUUCGUCGAGGAGCUGAGAAGAGCAUUCAACAAAGUUGGAAAGAACUGGGAAAUCACAAUGGCAGUGCCUGUAGCCAAGUUCCGUCUCCAGGAAGGAUACCACGUCCCAGAGUUAUGCGACCUACUGGAUGCAAUUCACGUUAUGUCAUACGAUUUGAGAGGUAACUGGGCAGGUUUUGCAGAUUCUCACAGCCCAUUGUACAAAAGACCGCAUGACCAAUGGGCCUAUGAAAAACUAAAUGUGAAUGAUGGUCUUCAGUUAUGGGUUGACUUUGGUUGUUCCCCAAAGAAACUGGUUGUAGGAAUUCCUUUCUAUGGAAGAACAUUCACUUUAAGCGCUGGUAAUAAUAAUUAUAAUCCUGGAACUUACAUAAAUAAAGAAGCCGGUGGUGGUGCUCCAGGACCUUACACGAAUGCAACUGGGUUCUUAGCAUACUACGAGAUAUGCCCAGAAAUUAUGAACAAAGAUUCUGGUUGGACCAAAAAAUGGGAUGAGGAAGGAAAAGUUCCAUAUGCUUACAAAGGAACCCAAUGGGUGGGCUAUGAAGAUCCAGAAUCGGUUCAGAUCAAAAUGGAUUGGAUCAAGUCCAAAGGAUAUGCCGGUGCCAUGACUUGGGCAAUCGAUAUGGACGAUUUCCACGGACUGUGUGGGCCAGAAAAUGCCCUAAUGCACAUCCUGAAUGCCAAUAUGAAGUCCUACGAUGUUCCAGAGCCAACCUUCUCAACAACACCAAGGCCUGAAUGGGCCAGACCUCCAAGCACUCCACCAUCGGACGGUUCCCAACCUGUUCCAACCACUCCAAGACCAAGACCAUCUUCUGCACCUUCAACUGUACGAACUUCCACAACAAGUAGACCAACUGCUUCUUCUGUUAAUCCAACUCCAGAAUCGUCGACGAGCUCGAAUGAGAUAGACAAUACUGUGGAAUGUAAAGGAGACUUCAUGCCCCAUGAAGAUUGCGAUAAGUAUUACCGAUGUGUCCAUGGUAAACCAAUGGUAUUUAGUUGCAAACCAGAAACUGUCUUCCAUACAGUCACGAAUGUUUGUGAUUGGCCAGCGAAUGCUGAUAGAGAAAAAUGUAAGCCCUCUAAAAAAAUCCAUUAG